AUGUACGUCGCUGGUUGUAUUAGUCUUUUACUACUUUCACUUGUGAAUAGUGCUGCUGGGAAUUGUUUAAUAACUGGAUAUUGUGGUGUUGGUCUUUGCUGUUCAGCAUUUGGUGUUUGUGGUUCAGGUGCUCAACAUUGUGGUUCAUCGGCUUCUGUGUAUCCAGGAUGGACAGGUACACCACAUGUUGGUGGUGAUUGUCGUAUUGUAGGUUGUGGAGCUGGUUAUUGUUGUUCACCUUAUGGCUAUUGUGGACAAACGCCUGAAUAUUGUGGUGGUCCUACUACUGUUGUUGUUGUACCUGCUCCUAAUGCAGGUCAAUGUCGAGUAACUGGUUGUCCAGCUGGUUCAUGCUGUUCACAAUAUGGAUAUUGUGGAGCUACAGCCGCUUAUUGUGGAACUGUUUCUUAUGGUAAUUGUGGUGCUACAUCAUGUGGUGCGGGUCUUUGUUGUACACGAUAUGGAUACUGUGGUACAAUUGGUGUUUAUUGUGCAUUUCAAAAAUCAUCAGGUGAUAAUGAACCAGUAUCACUUGAAGGUGAAUUUAAAGGACAAGCGACGUAUUACAAUGAUACCAAGGUUGGUUCACAAUACUCAACAUGUGGUAUUGAACGAGGACAAUCAUUGGAUGAAAAUGAUAAAAAAAUUUAUGGUGCUGCACUUAAUCAGAUACAAUUCGAUCCAUAUACUAUCAAUGGUAUUCCAAGUACAAAUCCAAUCUGUCAAAAGAAAGCUAUAAUCAAAGGUCUAAAAGGUGAAAUAAUAGUUCGAUUUAUUGAUCGAUGUCCUGAUUGUAAAACAGGUGAUGUUGCUUUAACAGAAGAAGCAUUUAUUGCAAUUGCUGGAGAACUUGGCACUGGUCAAAUAGAUGUCGAAUGGCAUUUUAUUUAA